CCACCGUCAUCUUGUAGUGCUGGUCCUAUUGGAGAUGAUCUUUUUUAUUGGCAAGCGAUAAUCACGGACCCUACUUUUUAUACUCGGCGGUGUGUUUUUCUUUGCUAUUUGUUUCCUAAAGAUUAUCCGUUUAAGCAACCAAGGAUCAAUGAUUACCAGUGCUUACUAUUUCAAAAGAUAAAUCUUCUACAUGAUUGCUGCAAUUCUUUUUAUGUAAAAGAGUUUAAUCAAUCUUUUACUAUUCAAGUACUAUUGUUACUUUGUUCAAUGAUGACCGAUCCAAACCCAGGUAUGCUAUUACACUAUUAUCAUAUUCGUCAUUUUUCUUGA